UUAGGAGGACAUACACGUUUUGUCCUCUUCUUCCUAACUUCUUCAUAUUCCAAAGUAUUUCCUUAUGGUUAUUAUCAUACAAAAAAGUGUGUGCAAAUAAAAUUCAAAAAGGAGGGUUGGAAGCAUGAAGAGUAGUUCCUUAAUCAUUUGGAAAACGAAAACCAAAAGAUAAACAAAUUAAUUAAGCAGAGCUAGCAGAGAAGACUUCACAUGGCUGCUGGCGUUGCAGUCGAUGUUGUGGUAUCAGUGGUUGCAAAAUUCCUGGUUGAAGAGUAUGCAGUUUUGGGGCUACAGCGAGGCACGUAGAAUGGAUUGAGAAAGAGCUGAGGUCAAUGCGGGGAUUGUUAGAACAGGUUGAGCAGCGCGGGGAUGGAGAACAGGAACAAGAGUUGAAAGAAUGGGCGGAGAAGUUGAAGGAUGUUGCUCUAGAUGCAAAGAAUGUGAUAGAAACGUUCGUCAUCAAAUCAGUCAAGAGGAGGAGGUGGGGUGUUUUGCAUUGGUAUGAUAAAUACAAAGUUGGAAAAGAGCUGGAGGAGAUCCGAAAGAGGAUGAGAGACAUCUCUCAGAAAAUAAUGAAUUUAAACUUGGAUGUUAGUGUCUCUGUUGAAACUCCCGUUGUAAGAGGAGAAGCACUGCCACCUUCCUGUUCCACCAUCGUAGAAGUAGCUAUGGAGAAGCUUGAUCAAAUUCGGAGUCGUCAAAAUUUAAUAACCAGUAAUAAGGUGAUUGAGAUGGUGGAAGAAGUAAAAGAUGGGCUCAAAGACCUGAAAAACAUUGUGUCUAAAUUGAAGUCAACAAAUCAAAGAGAAACUGUGUGGUUGGAAGAGGUGAACGAAGUCUGUAAUUACUCGGAAAAAGUUGCUGGAAAUUUCAUUUCAACAAGAGAAAAAUGGUUGAAAAUGUAUGGUUGGAAGAAGGUCCUUUAUCUUUAUGAAGGAUAUGCUUCAGUAUGGGAGUUUAAGAGUCAGAUGAGGUAUAUUAGGAGUUGUGAAAUUGGAGAUACACUUCAAAGAGGGAUAACUUAUGGAGUUGUGGGAGACACUCAUGAAAUAAAAACACAAAGAUCAACUGUACCCGUUCCAAACUUGUCCGUGGAGAGCUUGAUAGUAUGGGAACUCAUUCCUUUCGCUAUUUCUUUUGCUGCUUCUUUUUUGGUUCCUGAUAAUAGUGGCAACACAUGGAACUUCUUGUAUGUAUUUCUCUCUCAAACUUUCGAAGUUGUUGCAGAACAAGGAGCAAGAGAGUGUAACAUUACCAAAACAAGGCGUAAACUGGAGAAGACCAAUGAGAAGACGGGGAGAAAAGGAAGAGCAAUACUAAGAAGGCUGAUCCGGAGCAUCAUCUAUUACACUUAUAUUAAUUUACCGGUUCUCAUACUGUCCCUGUAUCUCCCUCUUCAGGUAGUACUCAUAUUCCAAUUGUAUUUUCCACUUCGUGAUGUUAUUGUCUGGAUUGUGAAGUUGUGGAGGUCUAUGGACAAUAAUUUGAAGUGCACCCAAAGAGAUUUAGCUUUAAUGCAUGCAUUUCUUAGGGAUAUUGCUGCUGAGAGUGAACAAGUCCCAAUGAAUGAAAGACAGAAAGUAUGGGUUGAACAACUGAGAAUCGUGGCUCAAAAUGGCAAGUCCCUUCUUGAUGCUGCUGCUAAGGGUGGUUGUUGGAGGAGAAGAAUUAUGUUUCCGAAGGACAUCAAUUGCUUCUUGGAUGAGAUUCUUAAUCUCUCACACAGGAAGACCGUAUAUGGUAUUUCAAAUAUUAUUAUUCAACAAGGAACACAGCAAAACACCGUUGUCCGUUCAUGCCCAAGCAUAAACAACACUGUUGUCCGUUUGUGCCAAAGCAUAAACAUGCACGAAGAGAGAGUGAUUCAAAGGAUUGUUGAACAACACGGUUACAUUUCUAGAGAUAUGGAGGGCAAUCCAGCACCAGAACCAGCAGCCUCUUCCUCGUACCGACCUGUCACGGGGCUCAAACAGGAAGUCCAAUCAAUCAGAGAGGAAGAGGAAUUGAUGUUUGCACUGUUUCAAGAUGUACUAGAAAUGAGAGACCUGGAUAGAAGAUCUACAAUUUGGGUGGAGCAAAUGCAUGGUAUUGUCAAUGAAAUUGAAUCUGUCAUUCAACGUUAUGAUGCUAAAUUGAAGUAUAAGUCAAUUCUGUUAUACACUCUCAAGUUUUGGACCCGACAUGUUAUUAGCGAAGAGAUCAAUGCUAUCAGAAACAAAAUUGAAGAUGCCUCCAGAAGAAGAAGGGCAUAUGGUUUGGGCAAGACAAUUGAGUCGUCAAUGUCCUCCACAGUUCAUAUACUUCGCGGAACGGCGCAAUUGUCUCUCGUUGCUAAAGAAUCAAAUGUCGUUGGAUUUGAUGACGACGCACAAGUUCUGAUGGCUCAGUUACUGUCAGAUGAGAAAAGUCACUGCAUUACAUGGAUUGUUGGAAUCGGAGGCACAGGGAAGACAACACUGGCAAGGUUGAUAUUUAAAGACAAGGCUGUUGGAGAUCAUUUUGAGUGUUGCCUAUGGGUGUCAGUAUCUUCAACUUCAGAAUCAAACUCACAUUUAAAUUCAAAUUGUACGGCACAACAACUUUUUGAAGAAAUUGCCAAGGAGGCCUCCAAGCAAAUUGAGGGAGCAGACUCGCCAAGUGAACCCAUGCUCAAAACCUUGGCACGUAAAAGGUAUCUGAUAGUUGUUGAUGGCAUAGAAGAAACUUCCCAAGUUUACUUGUUGGAUACCUUGAAAGAUGUCCUACCCGAUAUGUCAACGGGCAGCAGACUUCUUCUUACUGCUCGCAAUGCAAAUAUAGCCCGACAUGCUGCUGGUACUAUAACAACCUUUGUUCACCCGUUACAGUUAUUAGAUGACGACAGUAGUUGGGUGCUGUUUACAAGACAUUUGAAGGUUGAUAUUCCCAAAGAAGAACUCAAGAAGGUUAGACGAGAAAUUGUCAAGUGUGGGGGCCUGCCAUCAGAGAUACUGAAACUAAGUAAUUUGCUUUCACAUGAAGAGGAGUGGUCAAGCAUGCUCAAUCAAGAACAAAUACAAAGUCAAAUACAGGCUUGGUCUGAAACGGUUAAUGAAAUCAACAAACACUUACCUCUCUAUCUAAGGGGAUGUCUAUUUUACUUUGGCCUAUUCCCUGCUGAAUUUGGGAUCCCUAUUAGAAGAUUGGUAGCUUUGUUGGUUGCAGAGGAGCGGGUGCAUCAUGGAGAAGACCAAGAGCCCCCAGAGCAAGUAGCAGAAGGGUACUUGACAAAGUUGAUAGAUCAGAACCUCGUUCAAAUUGCCAAGAGAAAGCGCAAUGGCAAGGUCAAAACAUGCCGUCUCCCAUAUGCUUUGCGACAACUCUGGUGGACAAAAGCUAAUGAAUCCAUAUUUCUUAAAUCCAAAAGUACUUCCACAGAUUCCAAUGCAGACCCAAAUAACUCCAUCAUACGGUGGGUGACAGAUCAUCUUAAUACCGAUCAUAUUUGGUACGAUCAUAUUCAUGGUGAUACUCACAAUACUAGGAAUAAAUCAGUUAAUCUGAGAACCUACUACCAUGAUGUUCGUUCCUUUCUAUCCUUCGAUACUAGGGAGGGAAGUAAACCUGGCCAAGAAGUAGGCUACUUCUUGAGGGAGUGUAUUUUGGGUGAUUGUUUUUUACUCCUGCGGGUUCUUGAUCUUGAACGUGUUUACAAGCCCAAAUUGCCUAAAAGCAUAGCAAGACUUUCACAGCUGAGGUACCUUGGUUUAAGAUGGACAUACUUGGAGUCACUUCCAUCAUUUAUAAGCAGGCUGUUGAAAUUACAAACUCUUGAUCUCAAAUAUACUUACAUACACACUCUUCCUACCUCCAUUUGGGAGAUGGACCUAAGACACUUGUUCUUGAGCGACACUUUCCACAGCAGAUUCCCAGCUAAACAAAAGGAUCCUUUUUCUGCCAUCAGAUUUCUUCUACCUCAGGUAAGAGAUAAUUUCCUAUAUGAUCUCCAGACAUUAUGGGGUCUUUUUGUAGAUGAGGAGACUCCAGUGAAGGAUGGCUUGGACACAUUGGUCAAUAUCACAAAAUUGGGAUUAGCAUGCCAACAAAUGUCAUUAGAAGAAGAGGCAAUGCCAAAACAACUUGAGGUAGUGGCCGACUGGAUUGCGAAACUAGAACACCUUCAAUCGCUGAGACUAAAAUCAAGAGAUGAAGAAGGGAAACCUUGGAUUUUACCUUUGAAGUCCUUCGAGAAAAAUGAAAAUCUCACUGACAUGUAUUUACUAGGGAGUUUGAGUAGGUCAUCUAUUGUGUCCCAAUUUCCGAAAAGCCUCGUUGAACUUACCCUGUCACAUUCAAAACUAAAGGAAGACCCCAUGAAACUUUUGAAAUACUUUUCAGAGCUUCGGAUACUGUGUUUACUCGCAGACUCUUACAUGGGACAUACUAUGGUUUGCGAAUCUCAAAGCUUUCCUAAGCUUCAUGCGUUAAAAUUUUGGGUGCUGAAGCAAUUAGAGGAAUGGAAAAUAGAGCAAGGAGCACUUCCCUGUCUGAGACAACUGGAAAUCAGAUUGUGUCCAAACCUGAAAAUGCUUCCUAAUGGACUAAAGCAUGUCAACACUCUGCUAGAAUUGAAGUUAACAGACAUGCCAAGGGAAAUCAAUGAUGAGGCGCAGAACAUCCCAACAUUCCUACCCAAUUGUCGAGUCGUCUAAACUAAUUUUCAGUAGAAGAUAUUUCCAUCACUGCACAACAUGUGAGCUACUGGAAUUUAUCUACUGUGGCUUGUUCUGAAUGAAGGCUUAUAUGGGGAUUCAACAAUCUCCUUUUACAGUGCAAAUCGAACUGCUACUCGCAUGUUGCUGUGGAAUAAUAAAUAAAGAAUGGUGGAGUGGUGAGUUUGGUUCUUGGUUUGAAGAGUGUGUAUGUACAAUGUAUGCAUGUGUGUGUGUGUGUGUGUGUAUGAAUAAAUGAAGUUUAAGAUGUGUGUAUAUACUUAUUUGCUAAUUUGUAACUUGACGUUGUGUUGUGGAAACAUAAUUCAUAAUAUUGUGUGUGCAAAGUAUUAGUAAUGGGACAAGUUAUUUUCCUAGGCUGUAUGUUAUGAAUGGAGUAGCUGUUCUGAUUUGUUUGUUUGGAAUUCAUCAAAUACUGAUGGAUGAAUGUAAUUUUUUUUACAAGCAA